AGAGGAGCCCAACGUUCCCUGUGAAACACACAGCUGCAUGGGUAGCACCUGUCAGAGCCACUGCAGAACAACCCUCAACCUUUCAACGACAGGAAGCCCUUUGGGUGGCUUUCUCUCCACUGAGGUCUCUUAGUCAUGGAUAAAUCUGCUCUGGCUGCAGACCAGUGACAUCGCUGACACCCUGUUGAAGAGCCUUAUAUUGGGCUUAAAGUUUAUUGAGGUAAAAUGGGAUGCAACUGUAGUUCAGAUUAUGAUGAUGACUGGGUAGAGAACCUAGACGAAGUGUGUGACAACUGCAACUGCCCGAUUCCCACCCAGUCGGCUAACCCGUACACAGAUCAACUGAUCCCCUACCCCUCUCAUCUCACGCCUCCCUCUUCCCCUCUACCAGAUAGCCUGGUGAUUGCCAUAUACAGCUAUGAACCAAACCACAAUGAUGACCUGGGCUUUGAGAAGGGAGACAAGCUGAAAAUCCUCAAUAAGGAUGACCCGGAGUGGUUCAUGGCAGAGUCUCUCAUCACAGGCCAGAAGGGCUUCAUCCCAUACAACUUUGUUGCCCCCCUGAACUCAAUGGAGAUGGAGACAUGGUUUUUCAAGAACCUCUCCAGAAACGAUGCCAUGAGGCUCCUGCUAGCUCCGGGGAAUACACAGGGCUCCUUCAUGGUCAGAGAGAGUGAGACAACUCAAGGCUCCUUCUCCUUAUCUGUCAGGGACUUGGAUCCCGACACUGGAGACACGGUCAAGCACUACAGAAUCCGGAACUUGGAUACUGGUGGUUUCUACAUCACCGCAAAGAUAUCCUUCAACUCCCUGAAAGAGCUGGUCCAGCAUCACUCACGUGAGGCGGACGGUCUGUGCACCCGGCUGAUGAAGCCGUGCCAGUCCCGCGUGCCCCAGAAACCCUGGUGGCAGGACGAAUGGGAGAUCCCCCGAGAGUCCCUCAAAAUGGAGCGCAGGCUCGGGGCUGGGCAGUUUGGAGAAGUCUGGAUGGGUCUGUACAACAACCACAGGCGGGUUGCCAUUAAAAACCUGAAAGUGGGCACCAUGUCCAUGGCUGCCUUCCUGGACGAGGCCAACCUGAUGAAGGAGCUGCAGCACCCGCGCCUGGUCCGCCUCUUCGCCGUGGUUACCCAGGAGCCCAUCUACAUCAUCACAGAGUUCAUGGAGAACGGCGCUCUGGUAGAUUUUCUCAAGUCGUCUGAGGGAUCCAACAUACCCAUCAACACCCUCAUAGAUAUGGCCUCUCAGGUGGCUGAAGGAAUGGCCUACAUUGAAGAGAUGAAUUACAUCCAUCGGGACCUGAGAGCAGCAAACAUCCUGGUGUCUGAUGAGCUCAUCUGUAAGAUCGCUGACUUUGGACUCGCAAGACUCAUUGAGGACAACGAGUACACAGCCAGAGAGGGUGCCAAAUUCCCCAUAAAAUGGACAGCACCUGAAGCUAUAAACUAUGGAACCUUUUCCAUCAAGUCAGAUGUGUGGUCGUUUGGGAUCCUCUUGACAGAGAUAGUGACGUAUGGCCGUAUCCCAUAUCCAGGAAUGAGUAACCCAGAGGUGAUCCAAAACCUGGAAAAAGGCUACCGGAUGCCCCGACCUGAGAACUGCCCUGAGGAUCUGUACAACAUCAUGAACCUGUGCUGGAAGGAGAGCCCAGAGAACCGGCCAACCUUUGAGUACCUGAGAAGCGUUCUGGAGGACUUCUUCACAGCCACAGAGGGGCAGUACCAGGAACAGCCAUAAGACAGACAGACAUGGUGAAAGGAGAGGUCAUUAAGGACAUUAACUCCAACUGUUAAGACACAGAGAGAUAUGGUCCCAGCUUAUAUGCUUUUGAUACUGUCUGUCUGAGAACCAUACCUGAUCUACUUUCAAUACACACCUACACAUUUGUAGGAUGUAAUUAAAGCAUUUAUAGUGUGACAUUUUUUUAAGCUCAAGGAAGAUACCACUGUACUUUUCUAUACUUUGCAUUCCGUUGUCAUUUCAUGUUUUUUGUUCGAUUUGUACUGUUUAGAUUUUUCUAUAUUCUAUUUGUAUAUUUUUUCUAUGCGUUUGAAGACUAUAAAUCCAUGGAUGAUGAUGCCCUUACAAAAAACACAAACGUUAGACCUACUCUGUUCAUGUAUCCGUUGAUGCCAUUGAUACUUCUUCCUACCCGAAAUGCAUAUGAGAUGUCGAUGAUGAUCAUGCAAUAAAAAGUUAUGUAAAACAUAGAAAAGACUGUAAACAAAUAUGUGGUAAAAGUUUUUUUU